ACUUCCAGUAAUGCCAUCCCCGACUCCGCCCUCCUCCACACGGCUCGGUUACUCCUCACUUUCCCGUCACAGUCUGAACAGUGCGUUGUGUGAAUGGGAUCCGGGUUUUCUGGACCGACGGUAACCGGAAUAUACCAAAACCCUGACAGGACACCACAAAGCCUACGGAGAUGAUCACACUUUUAAAAAUGUUCGGGUUAUUAUGGAUUGCUCCCUUGGUUCAAUGUCAAACGGGUUCAACCCUUUCCAGUCCCUCCACAGUACAGCUCCCGCCGCUAGCCAACGUGUCGCUGUCGUGGGUGACGGACUUCUGUUAUAAGCUGUCGUGGUCGUGGACCCCCCCGGUGGAGAACCAGUCCUGCGAAUAUGAUGUGGCUGUGAAUACACGCAAAGUACGCCUGAGGGACAUCCUGAGGGACACCCUGAGGUACGAUUACGACGCCAUGCAGGGGGGGCUGCUGAAGUCCAACCUGUCUGCCAUUUGUGGGGACCGGAGAAGUCCGCCAGUGUUCACCAACCUGACCUUCCCAGAGCUAGUCAAGGACUUCAAGUGCGCUCUUCACUCCAGAACCUCCCUUAACUGCACCUGGCGGCCUGCCCAGCAAGUAGCGGACGUCCACUUGUACUACUGGACGGGGGGUAUAUUCGCCUCCAAACCAAAGGGAAACUGUGCCGAGACCUUUGACCUAGUGGAGUGUCCCGUGUACCAAACCGACGCCAACGGCAGCAGGACGGGCUGCGUCCUGCACAACGACCUGCCUUGUAAAUCCUUUAGGAGUAGUUCUGAGUAUGGCUUUAGCUGCCGCGUUGUCUGGUUCCUGUUCAACAGCACCGUCGACGGCACCCUGGCCAGGAACACCUUUGAGACAAGUCCGUCAAAACACAUGCAACCUGCCGUAAUCUGGACCGGAGAAGAGGACUAUGACCACAACAAACUCACCAUAAGAUGGACGCCCGUAGACCUACCAGGUGGCUGGGAUUACAUUCUGGACUACACAAAGUGUGGGAAGAGAGUGAACGAGACUAUGUCUCAUGUAAGCGACCACAAAGUUCUGCUGUUGGAUCACUGUGCCUUUAACAUCACCAUGAAGGCCAUCAAGUACCCUGAAAAGAAUGGAGAGAGCCUCCCAGGGCCAUACAGAGUGUACGGUAAAAACACAAACCCUCACACGGCGCUGAUCUUGGCCUGCACCCUCAUUCCAGGGGCGGUGGUUGUAAUCGUGGUGAUGGCCUUUGUUUGUUUCAGGAGGCACAGCGAGAGCAUCUUCCCGCAGGUUCCAGCGCCUCAGGACUUCCUCCCGGACAUGCUGAAGAACAACAACAAUAAGAUUCACAAGGCGAUUUAUGUUCCUGCGCCAGAAGAGGAGCCACAAAACGUCAGGUUUGACACCAAGCCUGAAUCCAGAUCAGACAUGUCGUCAUGACGGACAAAACGCCAAGUUGUCUGCGAAAAAGGCCGUCUGCCCGGAAGCAGCUAUUUUUAGAGCUAUAUAAUAAAAAGGGGAACAAAAUUCAAAGCAGCAGUUGAGAACAGCGGUGACAUCACGCACGGCGGAUGUCACCGCUGUUCGUAACAUUUGGUGCUGCGUGAGCAGGCAAAUCACUUUUUUUUUUGUAUGGUAUUUAUUAAAUAGACCUCUGAAGAAUAAGCAAGUCCUCCGAGGCUCCUGGUUCUUUGGGUUUUGGAUUGUCGGUGCCGUUAAGGUGGUAACCGAUUAUAAAUGCUACUUUAACGGCACCGACAAAUCGACAAUCCAAAACCCAAGUGGAAUCUAGAUGGAAAAAGUCUGUCGUUCAAAACGUGAGCAGCUUUUACUUCUUUGCCACCUACAGAGUUUGCUACGUACGACCAUUCAACCCCCAUGUUAUUUCCCAUUGACAUUUGACCGACAGAACCAGGAGCCUCGGAGGCGGGACUUAUUCUUUAGAGGUCUAUUGCUAUUACAAUCAUUGUUUUUGGCCCGAAGUAAAUGACUGGAUGGCAUACCUGCCUGUUUACCAGCCUGCGCGCAGACUGCCUGUGCGCUCAUUGCAUACCCUAGCUUUUAUGUCCACAUUGUUAAUACUGUAGAGCCAAUAGGCUUCUAUAGAUGCCACAACUUUCAAUAGAUUAUUAUUGCUCUGAAAAGCAUUCCAUCUUUCGCUAAAUACCCAAAGUAGGGUCAUAGCAAGGGAAAUCACUGUUAUUCAAGACAUUCAACUUAAAGCUUCUCUGUUUUUCAUAUCAAUAUACGACAGAAAUAGAUUACCUUCCAUGUGCAAAUAUGCUGUCCUUCUCUUGAGCUGUUAUGGAAUGAUGUUUAUACGGUAACGUUCACCCCACGGUGGUGCAGCGUUGAAUAAAAGUUUACAAAGUCAGAUUUCAUGUCACGUCUCAAAGUUUCCCCAAACGAGUUAAAGUGCUCUUUCAUCUCAGAUUUCAACCCUCUUAUCUCCUUGCUUAUAAUUUGUAAGCCCGGGAGGGUCUCGGCCUCAUUGCCUGACUCGCCUGAAUUUUCAUGGCGGCCGUCUUGAUCAGUCUUGCAUGCAGCAAGCAUGUCUUCCAUUUCACUGUUCUCUGUGAUUUUCGGCGUGUUGAUUCGGUUUUUCCCGACUCCUUGACUUCUUCUUCCCACUCAUUUCAGCAAUUCUGUAUUAUAAGGUUUAAGUUAGAGUUUUUAGGGGAAUUUUCAAACUUGACUAUCGGGAGCUGAGGUGCCGCGCUGCCUACUCCAACAUGGCGGAACCGGAACCCCAAGAAUUCAAGGUUUAAAGUUGUAAUCCUUUGGUUUGACGUCAACGGAUCUUCAAAAUAUGUUUUUACAGAUUUCUUCUUCUCUCUCUGACUCUGUGUCUCUCUGUGUCUCAUCUUUAUUUCGCUCUGGGAGUUGAACAAUCAAAUUGAUCAAUACCAUUAAAGCCAGGGUAGGACAUAAAGGGUCCUAUGUUCCCCUGUAGCAAUAGGAACAUAGGAACAUAGGAACCUUUUUCUGAAAAAGGUUCCUAUGUUCCACGCAAUCUAUCAAUCUUUACGGUAGACUCUCAGCAUGGCCAGCAGGCCUACCUUCGCAUGGCCCACCUUGAACAGCAGCCACUUUCUGGUUACUUUGCAGUUCAUUUUGCUUUUUAAAUCUAGGAUUCCUCAUGUUUGUAUAUUCCCACCCCAAUCACAUUGUCUUGCAUAUAGGCUUAGCUUUUUCCUUUUAUUAUCCUACCUGUUCUCCAUUGUAUUGUGCACCCUUGUGGAGAGUUUAAAACAAAAUGUCAUUAUACAUUCACCUCUAUUAACGUUUCAUUUAAUUUGUUUAAUUAGAUCUGUUACAGAUAUGAGUGCUAUACGAAAUGUAUAAAUAUUUGUUUCAGAUAUAAAGUGCUAUACAAAUAUAAAUAUAUACAAUAGGCUACAUCAAGGCAGAACAAGAACACAACUACCUUCAUUAGAAAGAAACAUCCAACAACCAUGCAUGUUAAUAGGCUAAAGAACUGAAACUAUUGAGUCACUGAUGAAUUGAAAAAUCACUGGCACACUUUAUUUACAAAGCUUAUAUUUAAUUGUGAACUUAGUCUUGUAUUGGACUUCAGGGGGGGAACACAGGAACAACACAACAUAGGUAUCUCAAGAAGGCAGAUGGUAUUCCUACUCCAUAGGCAAGCAACCCAUCCAGAAAAAGGUCUGAAAAAUGACUACACCCCUGCAAGAUAACAAAAAAUAAAAUAAACAAAAUGCUAAUAAUAUUAAUUAAAAUAAUAACGGGAACAUCACCUACAGGUAACAUGAACAAAAUAUAUAUAUAUAUAUACACAUUAAGAUUCUGAAUCCGGCAGUGACGAAUUAAAGAGUAACAGGCCCAAAACUGAAAACUUCUAGCUCUUUUCUCGAAAAAAAGAAGGGCUAAGCCCUUUCCCUUAGCCUACAGGAAAACAUUGCGGCUGACAGCCUUCCAGUAAGAUGCCAGAUCUCUGUGACCUGCAAUAUACUGCUCCCAGAGCCUCUGGGGACGGGCCUCCGACUCCCUCCACCUGCGUCUCCUUAUUUUGGGAGGAUCACCCCGGUCUGCCAUCUCCAGCUUCUCCUCAGCAAGCUGCUGAGGAGAAGCUGCGUCACACACAAUCCGGGAUAUCUCUCUCCACUCAGCUCCGUGCAUCAGCGCUCCCUGACACGCUAGACACACAGGUGCAAGGCCAAACCACUCCCCAGGGAAACAAAAGGCAUGCCAUAGAAAACAACGAAACCAACUUACUUAGGAACCAAUCUUUGGUGGAGUUCACAAUAAAAAAAGGUAUGAACAAUGAUAAAAAAAUAAAACAAAAUUAAAAUUAGCUCGGCUACACAUGGAGAGAGCCUCCCAGGGCCAUACAGAGUGUACGGUGCGGCCUACCCGUCUCUCCUCCAUCUUAUCAUACUAAAUGCAUCAUCCAACAUGUCUCUAUACAUAGCAUAACUAUUCAAGAAGUUUAGUCACCGCAAUGCCUGUAUAUGUUAUGAUUAAUAUUUGGAUCUUAACGGUCUGUAGUCAUUUAGAAAUUGAGAGAUGUCGCUGCGAUCUGCGGUCUUUUUGUGCAAACAUUGUGAUUGUAAAUUGGAAUUGACAUUUCCAUUCUGUUAAGGAAUGGUGUUUGCAGGAAACACAAACCCAAACCAUCACAUGGCGCCGAUCUUGGCCCGCACCCUCAUUCUAGGGGCGGUGAAAUCCUUGUGGUGGCAGUUGUAUGUUUCAGGAGGUAUGUCAAAUCAACUCUGUGGGAGUGUAUACAUCUCUCUUUUAGAAUAAUCGUUAUAUCUGACGUUUCCCAUUUUUGCAAAAAAAAACAUUUCGCCAUCGUCCGCCGUUCCUUUCAGGCACAGCGAGACGGUCUGUUGUGGAAGGUGCUCAGCUGACCAGCUGACCGUCAUCACCAACGGUGACCGUGAACCUCCCUCGGACACAUUGUGUGUUUAGGGGCAACUCUGUACGGCUUCCUGCUAUACACAGGGACAAACGCAGAUAGUGAGUGAGAGUCUGGCCUCAUGUGGACGUAGAGGCGGAAUAGCGUUGGUGGACAGGGUAGGGGGAGGAUGUGGGAAUUGUGCAACAGGCAGAUAGCAGAAAUGCUGAUGGCUCAAGAGCCUUGCGCAAAACCCACGCAGAGUCCAGGGGAGACGGCCUCGGGGGGGUGUGUACAUGAUGGAAUAACGGUGCUCAAUAGAUUGGUUAAACGUGUUGACGUAAUGUUGGUCGUUGUUUUUAGUCGAAGUGGAUUUGUUUUUAU